AGGCACGCAGGCGCCGCCACGGGAAUCCUGAGAACUUUUCUGAGAGUGAGAAAAUCCAGAGAACUUUUCUGGGAGUGAGGAAACAGCCAUUCUUCCUGGAUUUUGAGAGCUGAAGCCGCAGGGUUCCGGCUGAAUUAAUUCCAUGAAGCCUCCAGGACCCAGCAGGGGCACAUCCCCUCCCGCCUGGGCAGAUCACACCCCAGGCCUCCGGCCACUCCUGAAGCUCAGACUUCGGACUAGCUUCGCUUUGCGAGCUAUUCUGCUACUGGGUGUCUUUGUUUCAGUGACAGCUAAGCCAGUCCAUGGUCUCCCAGCCGACCCACAGAGAUUGGAGCAGAGCCCAUCAGAAGGACUCUGUCCAGCAGGCUACUACCUACCGGAAGAAAAUGGCUUGUGCAAGCCUUGCAAAGCUGGUAUAGACUAUACCAGCUUUCCCAACAGCCUGACGUCGUGCCUGCUCUGCAGUGUCUGUAAGAAAGAUAAGGUGGUAAAACACCGAUGCACCAUAACCAGGAACACAGACUGUCAGUGCAAACCAGGCACCUUUGAAGAUAAGGACUCCACUGAAAUCUGCCAGAUGUGCUCUAACUGCACUGACGGAGAAGAUGAAGUGACUCCCUGUACCCCGGAGACAAACCGGAUAUGUGUCUCCCAAAACACUCGGACAUCCCAGCAUAACCUAGGUCUCGAGAUAGGGCUCCCGGUCACAGUGCUGGUCCUGCUGAUUGUAGUAGCUCUGUUUGCCUGGAAGACUGGAGCAUGGAGAUGGGUGUCGCCCUUUAUGAAAAGAGCCUAUCCAGGCCAUGAACAGGACCCUGAAAGUAUGGACACUAUGUGUUCGUCUCUCUUGGACCCACAGACAUUGAGGAAGACAAAUGACUCUCAUCACAACACGAAACCUGACAAAACUCGGAGUUCACCAACAGGAAGGAAGUUGCUGGUUCCGGCAAAUGGAAAUGACCCAGAUGCCGCCCUGAAGUUGAUCUUUGACUAUUGUUCGAACGAAGUACCCUAUAACUCCUGGGACCGUCUCGUGCGGCAGCUGGGCCUCACAGACAAUCAAAUUCAAGUGAUCAGGGCUGAAACACCAGUCCCACGUGAAGCCUUGUACCAAAUGCUGCUGAAGUGGCUCCACCAGACUGGGCUGAGUGCCUCUAUCAACCAUCUGCUGGGUGCCUUGGAAGCCAUGGGAGAGAAACAUGCCAUGGAGAAAAUUGAACACUAUGCAGUGAAAUCCAGGAAGUUCAUUUAUGAGAACAUUACAGCCCAGGCAGGUGUGGUAACUCAGGAGACAGAGCCAGGAGAAUCUCUAUGAGUUUGAAGCCAGCCUGGUCUACAUA